GAGGGUCUUGUUUGGAUUUGUUUUGGAAUUUUCAUGCCUCUAUCCAGAGCCGCCUGCUACCUUUACAAUAAUAGCUAGUUAACAUUAUAACGUACUGAUUACAUGCGCUACGUUUUAUUAGAAGCGCUGGAUCAGUAUAAAGAUGAUUGAAGAUUUUGAAAGUCAAGAGACUCGGUCCAGCGUAGAGUUGUGGUCAGAGGUCUGCUCGAACCUACCUGGUGUGCUGGAGGAAGAUCCAGGCAAAGAAGGGGGUGAUGUUGCUCUCUUCACAGAUUCAUUCCAACCAACACAUGUUGGCAAUGGCCUGCAACAUAAUGGUGUGUCCAUAAAUUCCUCCUCUCACCGCGACUGGGAACCUAUGGAAGACUCUGAUGUCUACAUUGCUAGUUUAGAGAACCGUCUGAAAAGAAUAAAGGGCCAGUCUUGUGAGGUGACGUCCAGAGAGAUGCUGCGCUCUCUAUCUCAGGCCAAGAAAGAAUGCUGGGAUAGAUUCUUACACGAUGCCCAGAGCUCUGAACUAUUUCAGGAGAGCGACCUAGACCAGAGUGCCCUGGAGCAUCUCAAGCGUUGGCUGGUGCCAGAGAAAGUGGCCAUUAGCGCAGAGGAGCUGGAGUAUCUCCUCCUGCCAUCACUCGAUCGAGAUCAGACCUCCACCGACCAAUCACAGAGCAGACCGGUGGAAGCGUCGGACGGCCCAGAGGAGGACGAGAGUCCAACAACGGAGAAAUGACUACCUGUUCACCACAGACAUUUUACCAGGGACACUUGUACGUCAGCACGUGUCAUCGCAGGAUAAAUGACACUGUUAGAUUCUGUCGUCAUUACGUUUGUGCAUGUCUGUCUGAUGUCUUGUCAAGUAGGAGCACUAGAAUAUCCUGACGUAUCAGGGCCAGUGUCCAUUGCUUGUCAUAUUUCAUUUGAUUCAAUAUUGCUGUGUUAGUUUUACGGUAUGAUUAAAUAAAAAGUGGUUAAUUAGGGGAGGGGGGCUGCUACACAACGACCCCGGGAUCUGUUUUGUUUGGCCACCUCACUACGAACAAUGAAGUGCCAGAGAUUGUCUGUAAUGUUGUAACCAGUUUCUGCAAUGCUUUUAAGAUUUGAGUUCUAUGAAGUGUUAUUUGUAACUCAGAUGAAAUCCUUUAUAAAUGUGGCAUUGCCAUAUGUACAUUUCCUUUGUUUCCUAACACAUGUAUGAUGUAUUACAUAGUAUUUGCUGUUCUGUAUGAGUAUGAUGAGAGAUUCAUUUGUAUGAGAGGUGUUUUUGAAACAACGCUAAAUAAUUUGUAUUUCUCUGGU